GUAACAAGCAAAUAUUUAGGCUUCGAAAAGGUUUGAGGUAACCUAACGUUCUCUCCAAAGUUCAUCCGUGACGUCACUCAGAGGCCGGCUGAGGCUGAGGCAGACAGACAGCAACCGUCACCAUGGCUGAACCUGUGCGAGUAUGUAUCACUGGGGCUGCUGGCCAGAUUGGCUACUCCCUGGUGUACAUGGUUGGAUCUGGAGUGGUGUUUGGAAAUGACACUCCAGUUAUUCUUCACCUACUCGACAUCUCUCCAAUGAUGGGUGUCUUGAAUGGAGUGAGCAUGGAGGUCAAUGACUGUGCCCUACCUAAUGUGAGAGAUGUUGUUGCUACAGAUGACCCAGCUGUUGCAUUUAAGGACAUUGAUGCUGCCUUCCUUGUUGGUGCUAUGCCACGCAAAGAGGGAAUGGAGCGCAAAGAUUUACUGGCAGCUAAUGUUAAGAUCUUCAAGGCUCAGGGCCAAGCACUGGAUCAGCAUGCCAAGAAAUCUGUUAAGGUCCUUGUUGUUGGCAACCCUGCAAACACUAAUGCUCUCAUCUGUGCCAAGUAUGCACCUUCCAUCCCACGUGAGAACUUCUCAGCCAUGACUCGUCUGGACCAAAAUCGUGCUCAGACUCAGAUUGCUGGAAAACUUGGGAUACCUGUAUCCGACGUGAAGAAUGUUAUCAUUUGGGGCAAUCAUUCAUCCACACAGUUUCCUGACUUGCGUCAUGCCACAGCUCAUGUCAAUGGUCAGGAUGUUCCUGUGUAUGAUGCCAUCAAGGAUGAUGCAUACUUGAAGGGAGAGUUCAUCACUACUGUUCAAAAGCGUGGUGCUGCAGUCAUUGCUGCUCGCAAACUUUCAUCUGCCAUGUCUGCUGCCAAAGCUGCCUGUGACCACAUGAAGAGCAUUUGGCAAGGAACUCCUGAGGGUCAUUUCGUCUCUAUGGGAGUGUUUUCUGAUGGCUCAUACAAUACUCCUGAGGGAGUAAUGUACUCCUUCCCUGUUACCAUCCAAGAUCAGAAGUGGAGUAUUGUCAAGGAUUUGCCAAUUGAUGACUUUGCACGUGAGAAAAUGGACAUCACUGCAAAGGAGCUGUGUGAGGAACGAGAUGAUGCCAUCUCUGCCUGCCAGGAUUAGGAUGGGUCAGCAGUUAAGCCAAGGCUUUGAAAACUAAUUGGUUAUUAUUGAAAUUUAAACAAUUCCCUUUAUCACUAGUAACAUGGUCAACAUUGCUGUAUAUGAAGUUCAUAAAUAUUAAAAUUUUAAAGGUAUGGAAAAAUGAAUAAUUUGUAGAGAAAAUAUUUUACUGGGACCAGAAGAAAAAGCAUUUUCAAGUAAGUUUCAGUGGCAAGUCAGUAUAUUUCCAGUUGCAGUUUGGAAAAAUGGAGAUCAGUAAUUUCAUAAAGUCUGGGAAAAAUAAGGGAAUUUUAACCAAAAUUUUUGCAGUCGUGUAUAUAGAACUGUUAAGUAGGUUACAUUAUGUAGUGUGUACAUACCCAAAUGUAUCUUACCUAAUUUGAUCUUUGCCUUCAGUUUAGCUGCCCUCGGACAUUUGGUUCUUUUCUUGGCCUAGAUUUUCAAAUAUUUUGAAAAACUUUGUUGCAAUUUUGAUUUACUGCAUUUUAUGUAACAUCUAUGGAUGUCUUAAAUUGGAAAUAUAUUUGCAUGUGAAUUACUGUAGUUAACAUACAUCUGUAUUUACAAACAUUCUCAUAAAAUGUUUGUGUGUUCAUUUGUUAAGUGUUGAUGUUUGUCUAACCUGUUCCAGACUCUGGGCUUAAAGACUUUUGAGUGUCUAAGAUUUUCUCUCUAAUACAAGUGGUACUACUGAUGAACAUGACUAUUAUUUCACUGAAUAGGACCUAACCUAUAUGUGAAGGAAGAUGAAGGUUGUAGAACUGUUUGAAGUUACACAACAUACCAGAUGAGGAGGAAUGAAUACAUUUAUUUUAUAGAAUGGGAAAAAAAGUAAGGAAAUGCUUUGAUGUAUGGGGAUGCUUUUUUGUUUGCUACUGUAUGAUGAACUGUUCUGUUUGACUUGUAUUUUCAUUGUUCUGUGAAUGCAGGAAAAGUAAAUGUAAAGAGGUAUGUGAAGUUGUGAAAAUUGCAAAAAUUGAUGAUUUCAAUGUUAAUAUUAAUAUGAAAAAGAACAAAGAAGAUAUUUCUAUUUUUACAUCUAUAUAUAAACAGCAGUUAAUAGAAAAAAUUAAGAACUUAACCUGACAUGAAAAUAUUUUGUUAAAAAUUUAGGAAAUGUAUUAAUAACUUGAAUGGUUAUUAAUUAGUAUCUAAGUGAGCUCCUACAAAUGUAAUAUUAAUGUGAUACUCAGAAGACUAUAUUUAAAAUUACAUGUAUUUUUGAACUCAUAGAAAUAUUACAUAUAUUUCAAUAAUAAUAGUACAUGAGUAUCCAAUUCAGCCUUAGGUGGAAAACCCAUGUGCACCCAUCAGUGUUCACACACACACACACACACACACACACACACACACACACACACACACACACAUACAUAUACUAAAAGUGCAGCAGAUAUCACUGAUGAUCUUAAUGUUACAUAAUUAAAAAUGUAUGCACUGUGAAGUGCACACUGAAGCAGUCUUCAAGACUAAAGCCUAUUAUUACAGCAGAGAUAUGAAACCACCAAUGAAGUGGGCAUUGCCAUCUAGUAGUACAUACAUACUAUGGGUAAAUUAAAGGCACUUAUUGAAUCAUGGGCUUAUUUCUUCUUUUAUUAUUCUGUUUAAAUACUUCACUUCUAACAUAUAUGUGACUGACAGCUACCAGAGUGCUGUCCUAUAUGUAUGCUUUUAGUUUUUAGUUAUAUAAACAAAGAGGAGAAAGCAGUGCUUCUUAAUGAGUGACUUUAAUGUGCUCAGUUCUUAUGUAUAUCUUGCAGUCAACACCAGGGAAUCCAGUAUUUGCUUUCCCAUAUUAAAACUGCGUUGAAUGUGUAACUAUGUAAUCUGUAUUGAAUAUGCAAACUUCUUCAUAUGACUGUUGUAUUUUCUUAUAGCUCAAUAAAUCUCCAAACAAAAGUUAAAUACAAAUUUGUUAAAUUGUGUCGUCUAUGUCAACGUGUGGGUCAAGCCAUGCCACAGGCAAUAAACAGCAGCAUUUACAAUUUUUUUACUAAUUUUUAUUUGUUGCUUACUUUGUGAUUUGAGUGUUUAUACACAAUAAAAUUAAAAGCCUUAUUGAAAUCUGAUGCCAAGAAAGCCCCCCCUCUUUUGUGGUAUGGCAUGUAUGACCUUGUGUGACUUAACUUUGCAUCAUUAUUUUGAAAUUCAAAUUUUGUAUGUUUUCUUGUCAGUAAAUGAAAAUUCAGA